AUGUCCCGGCCUGAGCAUCCUGGAGGCCGGCUCUGGAUCGGGGGCGAUCACCCUUCUGCUGGCGCGGCCGUGGGCAGGGAGGGCAGGGUAGUCUCCUACGACGUGCGCCGCGACAUGAUGGAGCGCGCGAGGGCGAACGUGGCCGCUGCGCUGCCGGACCACCCGCAGCUGACCUUCAGGCUGGGUGACGUGUCGGAAGAGAUCGAGGAGCGGGACCUGGACAGGGUCGUGUUAGACCUGCCGGAGCCCUGGGACGUAGUCCCCCACGCAGGCGACGCACUGGCGCCCGGAGGCAUAUUCGUCAGCUUUGUGCCGACGGUCCUGCAGUUCCAGGACCUUACGUUGGCGCUGAGGGCCGACCGCCGGUUCGAGCUAAUCGAGACGGUCGAGGUCCUCGUGAGGCCCUGGUCGGCUGCAAGUCGCAGCGUGCGCCCGGCCCAGAGGAUGGUCGCCCACACGGGCUUCAUCACCACCGCCCGCAAGUGCGAGCCUCGCCCACCCAGCAAGGCUCAGGAGGACUAA